AUGCAAAAACUGGGCUUCAAACGAAUAUACCUGUUCGAGGAAUGCUCUGGCAUGCGGAACUUCCACAUUUCCUACGAAACUCUUCUUCAAUCCCUCAUUAAUGCUCAACUCAUCGAUGGCUGUGAGGCUGUCAAUUUCUCCAAUGGUAGCCAGUGUGUGGAGUACCUGGCGGCACUCUCACGCACCUUCUGGUCUAAGACUGUUUUUGACUUAGCCGUCUAUUGCGGCGGUUGCAAACCAAGAAGUCCCAAUCUGGAUCGACUCUGGGGCAUUCCAUGGGAUGAAUUCGCUUCCAAAUCCAAGAAAUCUCCUGUGCUGUCCCUCCGAGAGGAAUUCGGCCGUCACCUAUUACAGAUCCACACCAUGACGGGGCCCAAGGCAGCAAAUAUACUCAGCGCCUAUCCCACCCCGAUUAGCCUCAUUAAAGCCUUUGCGGACAACCAGGAUGGUGACUGUAGGAAACGAUUGCAGCCAAAGCAGUCCCUCAGCUGGUUUAUCGAAGAAGCUGUUGCAUCAAUUGACGAACAGUACUGGCCCGAAGAUCCUAGUAGACGUAUAUAA